AUGUUAAAAUUUUCAAUUGUACUAUUUCUAUUGCUUGUGUUGAAAUUCUUUUCCUAUUCUUCGGCACAAGACAAACCCAAAUUAACGUUAGAUGGAUUUUUCAAUUAUGUUGAAUAUCCAACCGUGAUCUUGUCACCGACGGGUCAACAUCUACUCAUUGAAACUUUGCGACCAUCAUGGGAGACAAAUUCUCAUUCGCACGAUUUAUGGUUAUAUGAUAUUCAGCAACAGCAAAAGCGGUUGAUUAUCGCAGACGUUAGCGAGUACUUUGCACCAAUAUGGUCACCAGAUGGUAAAUGGGUAGCAUUUUUUGUAAACAACAAUUCUAUCACAAACAAUUCUCGACAUUCAUUUGAAAAAUUAGACACUACUGAGAAACUCAUGUAUUUCUAUUCGGUUACUACAGAGAAACUCAUUGCUGUUGAAAUCGGAACUGUACAACCAUCAUUUAUCACAUGGUCCGAUGAUGAUAGAAUCCUUUAUUUUGUUGCUCAGGCAAUGUGGUCAAAAGAAGAAGAAGAAGAUGCACAUAGAGUAGAAUGGAAGAAUGUAAUUAACCAUCGACAGAUUACACCUGGCGAACAUAGUGUGAUCUAUCGAAUAACUAUUAAUACAAAUAAUCUACCUCUAUUUGCAAAUGUCAGUAUUGUAGCCAAUGUGUCCUUGACGGUCAACGAACUGUUGUAUGUUCCAUAUCAACAACAGCUUAUUUUUACAUCACGAGGAAGGUCAUAUGAAGAUUUGGACAAUUUUGAAUUAUACUCGAUUCAAUUGAAUAGUUCAUCAUCAUCAUUAUCAUCAUUAUCAAGAUUGACCAACAUGGAAGGAGUCGAACAAGAACUAAAACUAUCAAGUGAUGGUAAACAUGUAUUCUAUCGGUUGUGGGCACUCAGUUCAGGUAAAUUGAUCGAUUGGGGAAAAAAUUUUGAUGGUGUUAUCACACAAUGUACAGUUAAAUCGGGUGGUGGUGUUCACAUCAUAGGACAGUUGGGACUCAAUGCUCAAGUUUAUACACAAGAGUCAAUAGCAGAUGACGCGAUUCAGCAGCGUGGAUGGAACGGAACUUAUGAACGUUUUAGUUCGUUAUCACAUCAAUCAGGUGGCCCAGUUGCAUUUGUAUUUUCAUCAUUCGAAAAACCAAAAGAAGUAUAUUUGGCUGAUAGUAUCGAUCAACUUAUGUCAGCUAAAGCGAUUACAAACACCCAGUAUCCGUCCUCCGGAAUCAUUGACCUGGGCAAUAAUGUAUUAUUUACACAACACAAUUUACCUCAAGUAAAAGCAUACUACUGGAAAAAUACAGCAGAUAACCAAGUAAUAGAAGGUGUUUUACACUAUCCACCGGGAAAAUCCAAUGGAAAGAAUUUACCGCUCCUAGUUCUAAUUCAUGGCGGUCCGAAUGCAGCAAGUCUAAAUGAACUUCAAGCCAAUUGGAACAACUGGGCUACGAUAGCUGCCACUGAAGGUUGGCUCGUUUUAGAACCUAACUAUCGAGGAUCAACCGGAUACGGUGAUAAAUUUCUCGGCGAAUUUCGCCAUCGACUACUGUCAUUGCCCGGUGAAGAUAUUCUAAUGGGAGUUGAUCAACUUAUAGAAGAUGGCAUAACCGAUUCGAAAAGGCUUGCAGUUGGCGGCUACAGUUAUGGUGGUUUUCUAACAAAUUGGCUGAUUACUCAAACGACACGAUUCAAUGCUGCUUUGUCGGGUGCUGGUAGUACUGAACAUGUAUCAAGCUGGGGUACAAUGGAUUUGCCAGUACUUCUCAGUUAUUUACAUGUAGGUUUUCCUUGGGAGGUACCAAAAAUCUAUCAAAAAGAAUCAUCAAUCUAUCAGUUGAAUAAAGUACGCACACCGACACAUAUUGUUACGGGCCAGAGUGAUACACGAGUCGACCCUGAUCAAAGUUAUAUGUUAGAACGUGGCCUUUACUAUUUGGGCAUGCCCGUGCAAUUGUUAGUUUUUCCAAAUGAAGGACAUGGCAUUGAGAAUGAUCCUUGGAAUGGUAAAAUAAAAGUUCGAGAAGAACUUAAAUGGUUACAGAAAUACGGGUUAGAGAAGUACGAGAAUCAGCCGUUACCAAAUGAAUGCAUCACAACAACUAGAUCUUUCUUUAUUAUUGCUGCAUCAUUCUUUAUAUUCAAUAUUAUGACUUAG